GUGCUUCUUGACCCGGUGGGUGGCGACGUGGAGACCGCGGGCGCCGGUCAGGCCGCAGGGCCCUUGUGGAGGGUGGAGACCGAGGCGGGCCCUGGGCUCCAGGGGGGCGAGAGCGGCGCGAACCCCGCGGGCCGCCCUGCACUGGGCCCCCGCUGCCUGUCCGCGGUUCCUACCCCGGCCCAGAUCCCCGCCCCAGGCCCUGGCUCCGCUGCGGCCUUCUCGGGCACUGUCACUAUCCACAACCAGGACCUGCUUUUGCGCUUCGAGAACGGCGUCCUCACCCUGGCCACGCCCCCGCCACCCGCCUGGGAGCCCGGGGUCGUGCCUGCCCAGCAGCCCGGGUAUCUGAUCGCCCCGCAAGCCGGGUUCCCGCACGCCGCGCAGCCCGCUGACUGCCCAGAGCUGCCGCCAGACCUUCUGCUGGCCGAGCCGGCCGAACCCGCCCCCGCCCCCGCCCCCGCCCCGGCCCCAGCGCCCGAGGAGGUGGCGGAGGGCCCAGCCGCCGCCCUGGGCUCCCGCGGGCCACUGGGCUCGGGCGCAGGCGUGGUACUGUACCUGUGCCCCGAGGCACAGUGUGGGCAAACCUUCGCCAAGAAGCACCAGCUGAAGGUGCACCUGCUGACUCACAGCAGCAGCCAGGGACAGAGGCCCUUCAAGUGCCCCCUGGGCGGCUGUGGCUGGACCUUCACCACCUCUUACAAACUCAAGAGGCACCUGCAGUCGCAUGACAAACUGCGGCCUUUUGGCUGCCCUGCGGAGGGCUGCGGCAAGAGCUUCACCACCGUGUACAACCUCAAGGCUCACAUGAAAGGCCACGAGCAGGAGAACUCGUUCAAAUGCGAGGUGUGCGAGGAAAGCUUCCCCACGCAGGCCAAACUCAGCGCCCACCAGCGCAGCCACUUCGAGCCCGAGAGGCCUUACCAGUGCGCUUUUUCUGGCUGCAAGAAGACAUUUAUCACAGUGAGUGCUCUGUUUUCCCAUAACCGCGCCCAUUUCAGGGAACAGGAACUCUUUUCCUGCUCUUUUCCCGGCUGCAGCAAACAAUAUGACAAGGCUUGUAGGCUGAAAAUUCACCUGCGGAGCCACACCGGCGAGAGACCUUUCCUGUGUGACUUUGACGGCUGUGGCUGGAACUUCACCAGCAUGUCCAAACUGUUAAGGCACAAAAGGAAGCAUGACGAUGACCGGAGGUUCACGUGCCCUGUGGAAGGCUGUGGGAAAUCUUUCACAAGGGCCGAGCAUCUGAAAGGCCACAGCAUCACCCACCUGGGCACAAAGCCUUUUGUGUGCCCUGUGGAAGGCUGCUGUGCCAGGUUCUCUGCUCGCAGUAGUCUCUACAUUCACUCCAAGAAGCACCUGCAAGAUGUGGACACUUGGAAAAGCCGUUGCCCGGUCUCUACUUGUAAUAAACUCUUCACAUCCAAGCACAGCAUGAAGACUCACAUGGUCAAAAGGCACAACGUUGGCCAGGAUCUCUUCGCUCAGCUUGAAGCGGCAAAUUCUCUUACACCCAGCAGUGAACUCACCAGCCAAGGACAGAAUGAUCUCAGUGAUGCAGAGAUAGUAUCUCUCUUCUCUGAUGUGCCUGACAAUAGUUCUGCUGCAGUGCUGGACACAGCAUUGGUGAACUCUGGAAUCUUGACUAUUGACGCGGCCUCUGUGGGCUCGACUCUGGCAGGGAACCUCCCUGCUAAUAAUAGUAAUUCCUUAGGGCAGGCUGUGGACCCUCGGGCCUUGAUGGCCACCAGUGACCUUCCUCAAAGUCUGGAUACCUCUCUCUUUUUUGGGACGGCAGCCGCUGGUUUUCAGCAGAGCCCGUUAGAUAUGGAUGAUGUCUCAAGCGUAAGUGCGGGCCCAUUGGGAUUUCUGGGCUCUUUGGCCAUGAAAAACUCGAGUCCAGAGCCCCAAGCUUUGACACCCAGCAGUAAGCUAACAGCGGACACAGAUGCUCUGACUCCUUCCAGCACCCUUUGUGAAAACAGUGUCUCAGAACUACUGACACCAACCAAAGCAGAGUGGAAUGUGCAUCCUGACUCUGACUUCUUCGGACAGGAGGAAGAAACCCAGUUUGGAUUCUCCAAUGCAGCAGGAAACCAUGGUUCUCAGAAAGAAACAGAUCUUAUCACAGUGACUGGCAGCUCAUUUUUGGUAUGAACCAACUCUAUUCAUUCCUCGCCAUGUGGCUUACUUUUAUUGCAGUCAAUUUUGAGGAUGUUCUCUGGUCUAGAUGUUUAAAUGCAGUCAUUUCUUUUUGAUUUGCAAAAAGAACACGGCCCUGGACUGCAAGUUUGGAGAUUUAAAUUCUGAUCUUGAGUCUGAAAACUGACAAGUUGUGUGACCCUGAACAAGUCACUUAACCUAUCUGAGCCUUAAUUUCCUUAUUUAUAAAUUGAGGUGGUU